AUGUCCUCGUCGAGGAGGUUCUCAGCCUCGGCGAGCUUCAAGGGCGGCGAUCCCCCCAUUGAAGCUCGAGAGCUAUGGACCUGUCGGCCAGUCCGCAAAGUCGUCUGCCUCCUCUGUAUCGCCGCUGGCGGAUGGCUCUUCCUUGGAAACCGGCUUGGGGCGAGCGAGUAUCCCACAUACUCACCACUGUCACUCUAUCGGCCCAGUCGAGCAGACGCCUCUACUGCCUCAAGAUGGGUAGGCGGCGGUGCUGCAGGUGUGUCGUCUUCACAAGAACAGCAGGCACAUCUCAACACUGCUGGCACUUCAUCCUCCGAAGAUCACGCCCAGUCCGGAAACUCGCAUUCGGCUUCCCGCCUACCGCAGGUCUUGAGAAUACCACUCAGUGAUGCCGUCGCAGACGUGGAGCUCGAAGGAUGGGAAGACGACUGGUUCGCCUUCGGCCAGUACGAUGCAUACAAGCACGGUCGACUCGAGGAGCCAAAGAUUGACUUUGUGUACAACUGGGUCAACGGUUCCGAAGAUGCCUUUAACCAGCUCCGACACAAAUACGAGCUCGAGUCGCCACUCAAUGACCCAGAGGGCAAGUGGAUUGCCGAGCACGGCGUCAACAGGUAUCGAGACUGGAACGAGCUGAGAUACUCGCUGCGCAGCCUCGACACAAACGCCGCAGGCUUCCUCAACAAAGUACAGAUCCUCGUCAACUCUUACACGAAAGAUGGCCAGAAGAUGCAGGGCCAGCGGCCGACAUGGAUGCGGGACGACAUCGGCUCGGACGAACACCUGCAGAUCCUGCCCCAAGAAGAGUUCUUCAGCAAAGAAUCGCAGAAAUGCCUGCCGACCUUCAACUCGCUCUCUAUAGAGUCGCAGAUCCACCUCACACCCUCCAACACCGAUCGACUCGUCGCGCUGUCUGACGACAUGCUGCUGGGCAUGCCCCACGCCGCGUCCGACUACUACUCGCCGCUGUUUGGCUCCGUCAUGGCCUUCAAGCCGGACAAGUACAACGUCAAGGCGCUCGGCUCGCAGGACAAGUGGCCGACCUUUGGCGAGAAGCCGUUUCUUUACUACACGUCCUACCUGCUCAACCACCGCUUCGGCCAGCGCGCGCGCCGCGUGCAGGCUCAUUUCGGCCACUCGGUGUCGCGCGCCGUGAUGCACGAGGCGAUGGCCUCGUUUCCGGGACCCGCGCACAGGGGCGUGUGCGAGCGCUUCCGCGGCGAGUCGCACUUCCAGCUGUACCCGUGGUUCACGGCCUUCCACUACAGCAUCGAGCGCUUCCGCGAGGCCCUGCUGUGGGGGUUCAUCGUCUCCAAGUCGGACGCGAACGCUGACGGGUACCUCGACUGGCACGAGCGGCAGGCGAUCCUCCAGGCGAUCGAGACGGGCUGGUCCCGGCUCGACCCCAACCGGGAGCGCAUGUACUACCGCCUGCCCGAGGAGCUCGAGGCCGCCGGCCUGGAGCGGCCCAAGGUCAACGUCAACAUCCAGUGGACGAGCCUGGACGGCCCGGAGACGAUCCGGGGCAUCAAGUGCUACGACUUUGCCGUCGACAAGUGCUUCGGCGACAGCUUCGGCUCCCCGCUGUCGGACGCGUCGGGCAGCAGCCAGAACCCAGACUUCUCCGCGGCGGCCGUCUUGUCCCGGCUGAGCACGCAGCACACACGCUGUGGCGACUGCCUGAUCAAGUUCCUCCUCUCCUCGGAGCCAGCAGCAGCAUCAUCCACGACUACCCACGCGAAGAAGCACCGCGGCCUCGAGCCCCUGCUGCCCCCUCGCAACGGCAGCGCCGCGCAGAAGCGCGACAGGCAGGUCGUCCUGCGCGCCCUCAAGAAGUACCAGCACACCGUCGUCGACACGGACGCGAUGAAGUUUGUCAUGGUCAAGGACGCGGAGCAGGCGGAGCGCGAGCUGCUCGAGCGCGGGGUGCGCAUGGGCAGGAAGUUUGGCCAGUGGUGCCUGAACGACGACGUCAUGACCACCGACGACGGCGAGGUGGGCAAGGUCAAGGACGUCAUGGGCAGGGUGUUUGAGGAGCUCUGGCCGGUGCCAUCGCGGUGGGAGAAGGUGGACUUGUGA